AUGGGAAAUACAUGUUGUGCUAGAGAUACUACAAUAGAUAGACCAAUAGCUCCUUUAGUGCUAACACCAAUAACUCUCGAUGAGGAUUAAAUGGACUUUAAGAGACAACACAGUGCCAUUAAAAUUUAGUCAGUUUUUAGGGGAUAAUAAGUUAGAAAAUAAGAAUUGUACCCUUCUGUUGAUCUUGCCAAAAGAACUAAUAAGAAAUUUGAAUCGACAAAUCCCUUUGUAAAGAAAUCAUUAGAUAAUUUUGGUCCUUUUAACUUUGAUUAGUGUAAUUAAGUUCCUGGAGCUUAAUACCUUUCUUCUAUUGAGUUUAAUAAUGGGAUUAUAUACUAAGGAUAAUGGUUAAAUAAAAAGAGAUGUGGAAGAGGUUAACAAUUAUUUCCAGAUGGAACCUUGUAUGAAGGGAGUUGGAAGGAUGAUAUGGCAGACGGUUUUGGAAGAUUAAUUACGCCUGAAGGGGAUACAUAUGUUGGUUUUUGGAAACAGAAUGAAAAAGAAGGUUAGGGAACUAUGUUUUAUGAAAACGGAGUUAUUUUUGAAGGGGAAUUCAAAAAGGAUUUGGAAAAUGGUUAAGGAAUAGAAAAAUGGCCAGAUUAAAGCAUGUUUUAGGGAAAUUACAUAAAUGGGAUUAAAGAAGGUUUUGGCAAAUAUAAAUGGACUGAUGGGUCUAUAUUUGAGGGAAUGUUUACAAAUAAUUAAAUAAAUGGUAAAGGCAAAUAAAUUUGGUCUGAUGGAAGAUAAUAUGAAGGAGAUUGGGUAUAAAACAAGAUGCAUGGAUUUGGUACUUUUGUUUGGCCAGAUGGAAAGAAGUAUAUUGGAAAUUACAAGGAUGACUUGAAAGAAGGAUAUGGAGAAUUUUAUUGGCCAGAUGGUAGGGUGUUCAAAGGGGAAUGGUAUAAUGGUCAUCCACAUGGUAAAGGACUUUUUGUUGAUAAAACAGGGAAGUAGGAAGAAGGAGAUUGGGAACAUGGAAAGAAAAUUAAAUUAGUUGAAAGCUGA